ACGAGGCGAGUCGCGACGAAGGCGGAGGCGCGGAGCUGACCACCACCACAGCACAGAGGCGCACAGAGCACGCCACCACCCACUGCUGCGCCGCGAGCCUGCGGGUUUUUGCUAGGGUUUUAUCGAGCCCCGUGUCGGCGGCGGCGGCGGCGGAGAUGGAGGGGGAGGAGAUUGGCCUCGUCCUGGCGCGCGCCUCCGACCUCCGCUCCAGGAUAUCCGCCUGCGCCGCCGCGGCCCGGCCCACCGAGGGCGCGGUGAAGCGGCUGGGCGCGGCGGGGGGUGGGGAUGGAGGCGAGGAUGAGGAUGAGCAGGGGGAGGUGGAGAGCCUGGUCGGCAUCGGCGACGCGCUCGAGUCGCUCGAGCGCCAGCUCGCGUCCCUGCAGGACCUCCAGCACCAGCAAAGAUAUGAGCGAGAAACCAUCUUGAGCCAGAUCGACCGCAGUCGGAGAUCCCUGCUUUGCAAGCUCAAGGAAUACAAAGGGCAGGACUGUGAGGUAAUCCAUGAGGCUGCUGCGUUUGCUGGCGAGAAGAUCGAGAAUGACGAUGGCCUCAUCCUGCCUCCUUACUCAAAUCAUGUUACCAACUCAUUCGUGCUCGACGACCUGUACCCUCUGAACUACGUGUCCAAGCCCAAGAAGAGCUUGCAUAACGGAUUGGGUUCUGACGGAGCAACGCAGGACGGCACAAGAACGAACGGGACAGAGAACAGGAACACCAGCACACCGAGCUGUGGUCUGCGAGGGGGGAUCACAUCAUUCAUCGGAUGGAUGGCCAAGACGGCGGUCAUGGUCGUCGGUGCCGUGUCCAUCAUGAAGGCCGCCGGCUACGAGCCAGUGAUCGGGACAAACAGCAUCAAGCUGGACAUCGCCGGGCUGUUUGGUAAAGCAGGGGCGACAGCCAAUGAGGAAGAGCGCCGCUGCCCACCUGGUAAGGUGAUGGUGUUGGAGGGCGGCAGGGCUCACUGCGUCGUGAAGGAGAGGGUGGAGGUACCAUUCGACACCAACCUGGCGGCCCCAGACGCGAGCUAUGGUCUGGGCUGAGACCGGACGAUGUGUGAAUAUUAUUAGGAUGUAGUUCACCCCUCAGAGGCGGCUGUGUAGGAAUUGUGACUGGUUUUCGUAAAAUGCAGUGCAUGGGUCGUUUUCUUUUUAUUGUUUCUGCGUUUGGUGCUGAACAUUGUGGUCACCAGAAUGUUGAAGCUGUGUAUCAUGCUCAUGUUUAAAUGGCCCCUUUCUUGUUCAAUCAGAGCCUGUUUGUUUUCCU